AAGUGGGACUUAAGUUGUGGUACAGCCAAAUAUUUACAAAGCUCAAUUCGUAUCUCUCUUUCACCAGACCUUGCUAAUUUAUCUGUUGGUGAAGUGUCUGACGUCUCUAAACAACGCGUUUAUAGUUCUCCCCUGCUUCUGCUUCUCCUUCUCCUCCUUCUUCUUCUUCUUCUGCUGCUGCUGCUGCUGCUGCUGCUCUUUUGCUGGGAUGCAGCGUGUGCCGCUCGGGGUCUCUUGAUUGUGUGGGGCGGGUUUCAGGAGGUGCAGGAGGUGGGUUAUGAAGAAGCUUUUGAAAAGCAGCCACGUCGUGUAAGAGAGCUCGGCACCCCGAAUGGAAACAUGAACGCAAUGAAAAGCAUCUGGCUGCUGUGCGUCUCCGCUGCGCUUGCGGUGUGCGCCGCUGCCGAAGAUCGAUGUCCCAACAAAGUCUAUUCGUCUCUCUCUCGGCUGGUCGCUCCGGGCAGCGCCGUGACCCUUCACUGCCGAGGGGACGCCUUGCUCCCCGGUCUCUCGUCGCCCGCGCACCCGGCCGAGUGGAGUCUGAAUGGGAGGCCGCUACACUCGAACCCACAGAGGACCGUCGUCGAGGACAGCGUCCUCAUAACCGCGGCGCGGAUCAACGACGCCGGGAACUACACCUGUCACAGAGGCGGCCAGAUCGUCUUCACAGUCAACAUCACCGUCGGGGUCUCUCCGGAGAAGCCCGUUCUCUCCUGCUAUCGGAAGGUUCCCACUCAGAACGUGCGGUGCGAGUGGAGCGCCACCUACAGGCCGAUCCCCGCACCCUCCUGUAAGCUGCUGGUCAAAAAGGGGUUGAUCGGCCAGUCCUCCCAGUAUAACUGCACCUUCUCCAGUACGAAGCAGCGCUGCUCCUGCGUGCUGCCCCAUGUGGAGGGGGACACUGUGCUCUACCUGGUCAGUCUGUGUGUCUCCAACAGCGUCGGGGCUCAGAAGAGCGAGGACCAGACCUUCACUGGAGACAGCAUCAUCAAACCGGACCCACCAAUCAACGUGCAGGUGCACGCCGUGAUGAGGUCAUCGCGGAGUCUCUGGGUCAACUGGUCAAAACCCCUGAGCUGGAAGACUGAUUUCUACAGACUGCGUUACCAAGUGCGGUACCGGACCGGCCAGCAGGGGGAGUACCAGCUGCUCCCCACGCGGGACCCCCGCCUGCUGAUCUCCGACGCGGGGCCACGGCGCCGCUACGAGGUGCAGGUCCGAGGGCAGGAGGAGUUUGAGCACGGGCAGUGGAGCGCCUGGAGUCACGAGGCACAUGGAUACACCUGGGCAGAACCAGAGCUCCAGACCCAAGGGUACCAGUCCACCCACGGUGUGCACAAGCAGGACUUGCUUGCUGGCACUGUCGGAGGGAUCGUCGACAGCCUCUUCUCCCAGUCGGAGGGGUCCGGAUUGUGGGAGGAAGAGCUGGAAGUCCAGGCCUCCUCUAACGAUAGUGACCUCUUGGCUCGACACACAGGUUGGGUGACAGGAGUGACUCUGCUGGUAGCUGCGAUCCUCGUCUCUCUCUUCAUCACACAGUAUUGGAAGAAGAUCAAGGCCCAGCUGUUGAAACUGGGGGGGCUGGCACCCCAUUUCCGGCCCCUAUUUGCCAAGGUGAGGGAGCCCCAAAUGACCCCUGACCUCCAGGGCAUCCCCCUGUCCUCUCCCCCCAGUUCCGGAGCCCUCACAGAGAGGAGAGAGGAGGCCGCCCCCCUGGCCAGCCCUGCCCCUGCCUCCCCCCUUCACCUCAUGAAUAUGGGCUACUUCCUUGUGCCCCUCGCAGAGCAACAGGGGGGCCCUUCUCUGGGGCCACGCAGCCAGGAGAGUGAGUGAAGACUGAACUGUCAGCGACCCCCCUGAAGCCCUUUCUAUUAUACUGCUGUUAUCAGGACAGUAACAGAUUUCUGUAGCGCCUUGAGUUACCACUCACUCACUCACUCACUCACUGUGGGGGACCCUGAGCGAGUCGCUUCACCUCCUUGUGCUCCGUCCUUUGGAUG